AUGCCGCCUACGCACCAUAUCUCCGGUACCUCUCGUGCCCUCUACCGUGUCUUCAUCGCUCCGAAUCUGCGCAACACGACAUCAAUCCCACUCCUCUACGCCCCAGCUUUUGCGCCAACUUCGUCUCCGAACUCUCUCUCCUCGUCCACGCCCAGUCUCACGAGCCGAACAACAACCCGCGGGAUAAAAUACACAAAAGAUACCCGCCGCCAUGCCAUCUCAGACUACUACGUCAUCGACAAAGCCAUCGAAGCUGACUUUAUAAACCUCGUCGACGAAGAGGGUGCCAUUCACAAGAACGUCCCUCUGCAGGAGGCGCUGUCAAGCAUAAACAAAGUCACCCAUCACGUUGUACAAAUGGUACCUGGGAAGUACGAUCAAGAUGGCUUCCUAGAUCCAGAGAGCUUGCCGACAUGCCGCGUUAUUUCCAAAAUUAACCUACGCGCCCAACACCAAAAGAAACUGGACACAAUGCGACGGCAAGCCAAGGGACUGAGUGCGGGGUCAGGACUUUCUUCAAAAACGUUGGAGUUGAAUUGGGCAAUUGCGCCGGGGGAUCUGAAGCAUAGACUGGCUGCCAUGAAGAAGUUCCUGAAGGAAGGGCGCAAAGUGGAGGUUAUGCUUGGGCCGAAGAAGGCUGGUAGGAAAGCGACGCUGGAAGAGGCGGAUGCGGUAAUGAAGGCCAUUGACGAAGCGGUGGAAGAGUGCAAGGGUUCGCGAGAGACUAAGCGCGAGGGACAGGUUGGAGGUAUCCUGAAGGUUACAUACGAGGGUAAGAAGAUUGAGAAGGAGAACAAGUCGAAAGAUGCAGAGGCGUGA